AUGUCGUCAAAUCUCGGUAAAAAACUUCUAUUUUCAAAUUUAUCUUAUAAAACAACUGAAGUAAUCUUAAUGAAUUAUUUUUCAACGUAUGGUUACAUAGAAGAAUUAUAUUUAUAUAAAGAUGAUCAAGAUCAAUCAUUACGUAAAGGUUUUAUUAUUUAUAAAGAUAUACAUUCUGUAAAUAGUUUAAUGUCAAAACGACCACAUUUUAUUGAUAAUAGACAAAUUCAUAUUCAACGUGCAAUACCAAAUCAUAAUCGAAAUAAUACGAAUAAUUUAUCUGAACAAUUAGGAAUAAAUUUAACAGUUACUGAAAUAUUUAUUAGUCGUUUAUGUUCCGGAGAAAAACGUGAUAUGUUUGUAAAUUAUUUUCAAUCCUUUGGAAAUAUAAUUGAUUGUCGUGUAUUUAAUUCUUAUUCACAAAAUUCUAAACAAACAGGUUAUGCAUUUAUACGUUUUAUGGAUUAUGAUAGUGUUGAUCAAAUUAUUCUUUCAAGACCACAUGUAAUUAAUUCCAGAUAUUAUCAUAUACGAAAAUGUAUACCAAGAGAAUAUAAUUAUAUAAUAUCAUCAAUUAAACCUAUAAGUCAAAAUAAACCCAAUUGGCGUCAUUUUUCAUUCGGAUUAAUAAAUAUGAAAACACAGGAAAUAACUUAUCCAUCACUACGAGAUGAUAAACCACAAUCUUCAACAAAUAAUGAUUUUAUAUUACUUGAUCCACCUAUGCUCACUGUUUCCGUUGAUAGAACGCCAACAAAUAAAUGUUCAACGAAUGAAUUUGAACUAAUUACAACAAAUUCUCUAUCAUCAAGUAGUAUAUCAAUUAUCAAUUCAAAUGAUGAUGAUUUUACUCCACUAGCAUCACCACUUUAUUCAACAGCUAUUGCUUAUUCACCAACAACUUAUGAUAAUGAAGAUAAAAAUAUUUAUGAACUUAUUUAA